AUGUCUAAGACGGCAAGGCCCAGUGGGCAGGGUAACAAGGCAGUGAAUAUGCUGGAGUGGCAAGAAGACUUCCUCAAACUAUGCAGCCCUGCCAGGGCGAGCUUAGCUUUCACCACAGGUCGUCAGCCAACCUAUAUGGAUCACGGAGCUGCCUUGCAAAAUUUUGCUAAGACGGUGGUGAAUCUAAGUAGUGGUUUACUCUUAGCUGAGCUUCCGAGUCCGAGAAGUCGGAAUAUCGGAUGUGUUGAGCUUCUUCUCAGCUUGGAAGACCUUGCUGCAAUAUGA